CACUGGCGGCGGUGUCGAAAAAAAACCUAAAAUUAAAAACAAAAUAUUAAUUCUUAAGUGCAUCGUGAGUUUUUUUCACGUGCAGCAUUGCAAUAGCCACUGCGUUCAUUCGUUCGCGUGCAUUUGGGUUCGGAUAAAUGAGAGAAAACACGCUGAGAUGUAGAUGUCCACUGAGCGGCCGCAACAGCAGCAAUAACAAAAGCAAGAGUGAAAUUUCUGCAAAGAGAAAAGCGCGACUAGCUAGUCGAACGCGAUCGCCAUACCAUGGAGAACUUGAAAAUAAGUGAUAAGUUGUUCGAGGAUGUGAUAUAUUUCGUGCUUGGUAACCUGGAUGAAGAGAUUGAAAGAUUCCUCAAAAGUGGCGGGGCGCAGUCGAAACUCUUUCUCUCGGACAAGAUCACGCAUCUGAUAUGUGCCACCAACUACUCGGAGGAGGAGUUGUCGAUGAACCUGGAGCUAUACAAUGUGAUUCCCGUCACCGAGCAAUGGAUACUGCACAGUGCAAAGCUGGGCCGCAUGGCCUCCACCCGUGCCUUCGAUCCGAGUCCACAUCAGCUGCGUCUCAUGCGCGGCAUCCGAGCGGCCAUCACAAAUGUGGUGGCCGGCGAUCGGAGGCGCCUCUACGCUAUGCUCACAUACCACGGCGCCGUUGUCACCCACAGCUUCGGGGCCACCAACACGCAUCUGGUAUGCGCCGCCAACGGCGGUAUCUACAACAAAGCGCUGGCGCUACCCAAGAAUGCCAUAAUCAUUGUGACACCAGACUGGGUGACGGACUGCCUCAAGUGCAAGAGCUGCCUGGCAUCGGAUCCGUAUCAUCCCAGGCUGCUGAAGCCCAUUGAAAAGCAGCGGGCCCAGAAGCAGCAGCAGCAGCAUCAACAACAAUUGCAGCACCAACAGUUGCAACAGCAGCAAUUACAGCAGCAGCAGCAACAGCAACAAAUCCAUCAUCAGCAGCAGCAGUUGCAACAGCAGCAGCAACAGCAGUCGGCCCCAUCAUCCUCCCUAACGGACAUCUUGGGCUUCGGCGAGGACAGUGCAGCGGCGAAGAGCAUAGCCAGCAUAAAGUCUCAGCUGCAGGCCUCGGCCGAACAAAUCCAACAGCAGCAUCAGCAGUUACCUGUGGCGCCCGCCCAGCAACAAGUGGUCUUCGUGCGUCCCCAGCCACAGCUUCAGAGCCAGCAGCAGCAACAGCAACAACAAAUGCAACAUCAGCUACAACAGCAGCAGCAAGGGGUUCCUCAGGCGCCGCCUCCACCGCAUCCGCAACAGCCACAGCAAUUGAUAAUACAACAGCAAAAGAUUAUCCCCGCCAAUCUUCAGCAGCAGCAACAGAAUCAACAGCAGAUCAAGAAUAUUCUGCAGCAGCAAAGGCAAAUUAAGAACUCUCAGCAGCAGCAGCAACAACAACAACAGAUCCAAAUGAUCCAGCAACAACAGCAGCAUAUUCAGCAAGAGCAGCAACAGUCGCCCAGACUUCCGACAACACCCACCACGGGCCGGCAGACACCACGCACCCCGACAACAACGCCGCCCGUGCAAUCACCCCAGCAACACCAACAACAGAUAGUCCAACAGCAGCAGCAGCAAGUGAUUCAACAACAGCAACAAGUGGUUCAGCAGCAGCAAAUUGUUCAACAACAAUCGGUGCCUGUUUCCCCCCAAAUCCUACACCAACACUUGAUGCGACAACAGCAGAUAUUGGGCCAGCAACAAAUGCACUUGCAACAAAUCAUUCAGAGCGGGCAAGCACUCAGUGCCCAACAGCAGCAGCAGCAGAGGCAGAUUCAACAGCAACAGCAACAAAUAAUGCAGCAACUGCAACAAUUGCAGAUGCAAAUUCAACAGCAGCAGCAACAACAACAACAGCAGCAGCAGCAGCAAAAUCUGCAACAACAGCAACAGUCCCCACGGAUGGUACAAAAUCGGUCGCCGGUAAUGCCACCAAAUACGCCCUCGCCGUCGUUGCAACAGCAGCAACAUCAUGCCACCAGCAACAUGCUGCCACCUCAGUCCCCGCGCCAGCUUCAAUCGCCAGCCCCCCAAAUGACUCCACCGCCACCUCCUUCGCCUCAGAGUGCCCAGCAGCAACAGCUCUUGCGCCAGCAGCAGCAACAACAACAAUUGCAACAGAGUCGUCAACAACAUAUGAUGGGCUCUCCGCAGCAGCCUCAACCACCAUCGAUGAUGUCCCCGCAGCAGCAGCAACAACAACAAAUGCAGCCCUUCCAGCAGCCUGUUCACCAGCAACAGCGCAUGCAGCUGCAGCAGCAACAACAAUUGGCCCAACAACAACAACAGCAGCAGCAGCAGAGUCCGCAGCACAUCUCAGCCCCUCAGAGUCCGCAGAUAUCGCAGACACCGCCAAUGCAAAGCAAACAACAUCAGCAUCCGGCAGUGGGAGGACAGCCGCAACACCAACAACAGCAAUCGUUCUCCCAGCAGCCCAUCGAUCCCACAGAUCCCGUUCAGGUGGCUCAAGUGCUUAGUCGUUCUGCGCUAAGUAGUAAUCAGGAUUCUCUGAUCAUGCGACAGCAGCAGUUAAAGCAACAGCAGUUGCAGCAGCAGCAGCAAAUGGCGCCUCAGUCACAGCCAUCGCAGCCACAGCCACAACAACAACCCCAACAUACGCCAUCACCGAGACAAUCGCCUUUGCAGCAUCAACAGCCACAGCCAACAACACCCACUAUACAGCAACAGCAAACGUCUCCGCCAAUGCAGCAGCAACAGCAGCCCCAACAACAACAGCAGCAGUCAAUGCCACCGCAACAACCUGCACCUGGACAACAACAGCAACAGGUCAUCACGCAACGACAUGUCAUCAAUACAUCCACUGCACAAGGUCAGCAAAUCAUACAGAGCCACAUGAUGAAUCUUCAGCAGAAACAGCAGCAAAUGUUGCAUGUACAACAACAACAGCAAAUAACACAGCAGCAGCUGCAGCCGCAGCAACAACCCCAGCAGCAACAGCAGCUUCCACCGCAGCCUCAGCCGCAACAGCAACAAGUUCAGUUCACACAACAACAGCAGAUUGCCCUCGGUGCAGGUGGACAAGUACGAAUCAUUCAGCAAACGAUUCAGCGACCCCAGCAGCAGCAACAGCAAAUUCCCCAACAACAACAGCAACAACAGAUCCUUGGACAAUUUCCUCAACAACAGCAGCCUCUUCAGCAACAGCAAAUGUCACAACAACAGCCGCCUCAGCAGGUCUUGGGACCGCAGCAGCCUCAGGCACAGCCGCAACCUCAACAGCAGCAACAACCACAGCCUAUACAACCUCAGGGAAAAACAUUUAUUAUCAGCCAGCAGCACUUCAAUCAGCUAAGCGUGCAGCAGCAGAAACAGAUUUUGGAGCAAAAUCAACAGAAUCAAAAUGUGUUCCUUGUCAAUCAACCGAGUAUAUCGCAGCAACAACAACAACAACAGCAGCAGCAACAGCAACUAGUGCAGCAACAGCAAAUGCUGCAACAACAACAGCGCAUGCAAAUGCAACCCCAGCCACAACAAAUCGUUGUCAAUCAGCAGAUUUUAAGCGAUCCGCAGCGCUUGCAGUACCUUCAACAACAGCAAUUGAUGCAGCAAAAGCAACAACAGCAGCAGCAACAGCAGCAGCAACAACAACAACAAACGCAGCUAGUGGGAGCAACGCAACAACAGCAAAUACAUAUUCAACAACAACAGCAGACGACGCAGCAGCAACAGCAAAUCCUGCAGCAAAAGAUCCCAAUCGAUCCCCAGCAACAGCAGCAGCAGCAGCAAAUCAUGCAGCAGGUACUAAUAAAGCAGCAACAACUGCCCCAAAGAACACCGCCACCGCAACAGCAGCAACAGCAAUUGCUCCUGCAACAACAAUCGCCACAACAUCAUGGACAAAUGCAGCAAUCAGCGCACUGGUCUCCACAGAGCCCUGCUUCGGGCCAGAUGGCACCAAAUACACCCGGAACGCCCACCAGCAGUGUCGGGAUGCAAUCGCCGCUACCCGGCGGACCAACAACACCUCAGCAACAACAACAACCCCCGCAGCAGUUUGCGCCACGUGGACUGCGACCGCAAACCUCUUGGCCAGGACAACAACAUCAGCAGCAACCUCAAGCUCCGCAGCAGCAGCAGCAACUUGUGUUGCCCCCACCCCAACAACAACAACAACAGGCACCUCAACAGCAGCAACAACUUGUACUGCAACAGCCACAACAACAGAAAAUAGUGCUGGAUGAAAAAACGCAUGCCCACUUCAUGUCUCUGGACGCACACAAGCGAGCCGAGUACAUUGCAAAGCUGAAUCAGCAGAACAAGCCCAGAGUCAUGCUGCGCCAGCAAGUGGCUUAUCAGCCGCGACCCGGAACACCGGGUGUAGUCGCAACGCGACCUGCUGGACCCGUUCCACCCGGCCACAUAAUUGUCCAGAGUCAAAUGCCUCCGGGCCUCACGCAGCAACAGCAAAUGCUUUGGCUGCAACAGCAGGGAACACGUCAGGUGGUGGUGCGAGCCGGGGGCACUCCCGGUCUAAGUCCCAUUCCCAUUCAGCAGCAGCAGCAGGCAGGCGUUGGGCCUCCGCAGCAGCAACAGUCGCCCCAACAGUCCUUCAAUCCCAACGAUCCUAACCAACAAAUGUUGUUGCAGAGGCAACAGCUGCGGGUCCAGCAGAUACCCAUCCAACAGCAGCAGGCUCCCCCGCAGAUGGGCAAGCAGACGGUUCAACUCAUCACCGGACCCAAUGGGCAGCUGAUCGAGCAGCAAACGAUUGUCCAGCAGCAACAGCAGCCUACCACGCCAGGCACACCCAAUCCAACGGGUGGCGUUGGGAGUAGUGUUAUCUCCGGUCCCCCCGGAAGCGGCAACAUUAUGACGCAAACUCUGGUUAUGACAACAGCUCCGGAUGGCCAGCUGCAGCAAACGCCACAGCAAAUGAACCUCAAGACAAAGACCGCAUUGGCAAACAUGCUGAGCAACCGCCUGGGCAACAAUGGAGUGCAACCGCAGCAACUCAUCCAAAUGGCUGACGGUCAGACACAGCAGCAACAGCAGGCGCCCCAACAACAGCAGAUUUUCCAGCAGGUGGUGGUGACUGGGGCAACACAGCAGCAGCAGCAGCAAUUGUUGCUACAGCAACAGCAGCAGCAGCAGCAACAGCAACAACAACAGAUGGUUGCACAGCAGCAACUGGCGCCCCAACAACAUGUUGAGACUCCGUCUGCUGCUGGUGCUCUCCGGAUGAUGGGCCAGCAGCACAAUGCAGCAGCAGUGGGAGUGACAGGCCCACCUAGAACCCAACAGGAGUUGCUCAUGCUUCAGCAGCAACAGCAGCAGCAGCAACAACAACAAAUGCUUCAGCAGCAGCAAAUGCGAAGAGUUGUCGGUGUUCCCCAACAACAGCAGCAGCAGGUUCCGCAGCAGCAUCUCGUUCAGCAGCAGAUUGUUGUGGCCUCCUCACCAUCGCCACAACAGCAGCAACAACAGAUACCCGUGGGAGUGGGGGGCGUACCUGUUCAGCGUCCACCGCAUGGCUAUAUCCAAACACGGCCCGGACAGCCGCCGAUACCUAUGCCGCAGUUCUACGGCCACAAUCCAAACCUCAAGCUGCCCGCCGACCUCUUCCUGGUGGGCUGCACCUUCUAUAUUGUGGAAUACGACGAAACGGACAGUGACGAGCUGCCUAUAUGGCUGGACACUAUUCGGCAGUUCGGUGGGGACAUCGAGCGCGUCUACUGUCCCAGGGUGACGCAUGUCAUCUGUCGCACCCAGAGACACGGCGUGGUGAUGCAGGCUCUGCGAGAUGCCAAGCGCUGUGUGACCGCCUACUGGCUGAGCGACAUUUGCCUGAAGCGGCAGCUGACGCCACCCUGGCAGCCGCUCCACUUGCCCUUCCCCAGUCAGUUUGGCUAUCGCAAGCCGCUGGAGCGGUACAUCAUCACCUCAGAGGGAUUCGAGGGCGAGGAGAUGGUGAGACUGCAGCAGAUGGCAGAGGAAUGCGGGGCCAUCUACACCUCGUACCUCUCCAAGGUGAACACUGUGGUCGUGUGCAAGCAGCUUGAAGGCAACAAGUUCAAUGCGGCCAAAGAGUGGAACAUUCCCAUGGUCAAUGCCCUGUGGCUCAGCGAUGUCUGCAUCGGCAACUUGAGCGGCCUUUCGCAGUACGAAAAUCCAAAGUAUCAGCAGUAUAAUCUCGUGGCUCCGUUUCGCAUCGAAUGCAACCUGGUUGCCCAUCUGCUAACUGCCUGGAAGGCGCCUAUUAAUCUGACUCAGGAGGCUCACGAGCGCGUCAAGCGUCAUCUAUCCGAUCCCUAUGGCAACGAGCAGAAACUGAAGCGCCAGAAGAUGAACUCUUUCCAGCAGGAGCAGCUGCCAGAACAAAUUGUUUGCCUCGAGUACCCCACAACCACAAAGCCCCCAAAGGUCAUAUUCUCUCAGGUCGCUGAUGCUGAAGCUCUCAAAAAGGCUGUGGUAAUAUUGGGUGGAAUUGUUGUGGACAGUCCUACAGAUGCCACUCAUCUGGUGAUGACACGAGAGAGUCGAACCUGCAAAUUGAUUCAGGCCUGCUGCCACGUGGACUAUGUGCUCAAGUCGAGCUGGAUCGUGGAGAGUGCUAAGGCAGGCCGGUUCGUUCCAACUGAUCCGUAUAGAAUACAGCAUAUCCCAGUCGACGAGAACCUACAAUUCAAUCUUGAUACGGUGCUGUGUGCUCCCACGCGUUCCACGCUGUUCGCGGGCAGAUGUUUCCAUGUGACGCCAGACGUGUUUCCGGCUCGCGAAGAAAUUAUUCGCAUGAUUGAGUCCUCUGGUGGCAAGGUGGAGCCGAAGCGACGUAGCGGCGCUGCUGUGGUCGAGUCGCAUGUUCAGGCGCCCGACUCUUACAUCAUUGUCACCUGCCCCACGGACAUGCAUCUGUGUGCGGAUCUGACGAGGCACGGAAACCCCAAAUGCCACAUUGUUUCCACCGAGUUCGUGAUGAGCUCGAUUCUCAAACAGCAGCUGGAAAUCGAACCCAAUCUGAUACCUUACUUGUACAACAACAACAAUGCCAACAGCUGCAACAACAACAAGUCCUAGCAUCGACAAGUGUUCUGGUUGUUGUAGUAGUGCUGGAACAAUGAAGUAUCCGUUUUCAGGGUGAAGUGAGUGAUCAGUACAAUGUAAUGUUAAAAAGAAUUUACAAGUUGCAAGUUGUUACAUAAGUUUAUAAGUGAGGGGAGUGAGCCGCCCCAUCAGAAAUAAUAUACAUAUAUGCUGACUGAUGCAAUUUUUUCGGAACCUGCCCCAAGCCCUGCCCAAUUUCUUAUGAUAUAUACCAUAGCAAUAGGAAUCUAGUCGACUGAAUUUGUCAACUCAGAGGGCCAAGCAAGAUGGGCUUUAUUAGCUACAUAUCGGUUAUAUUUCGCACCCUUUCUCACACGGAAACAGUUUUGUAAGUACACAAAUCUUAUACAUAAGUACAUAUUUUCUUUGGCAAGAGCCGAUUCUUUUUUUGACCACCAUUUGAACUACGAGAACAUUCGGCAGUGUAAUCGUACUAUGCAUUUUCUCUUCUUGAACUUCAGACCACAUAAAUUGUAAAUAAUUUUCUUUAAUUAGCUAUGAUUGCAAUGAUCUAUAUCUUUUUUAAUAUUUUUUGAUUACUUUGAUACACAUACAUAUACAUAUGUAACUCAGUUCUUGAUGAGAGGGCAUAACCAACCGAUAUGUGUAUGAAUUGUGAAAAUAAAAUUGUAAGAAAUGAUCUACCUUAAUUAGCGUAAGGAAGAAGAGUUCUAUAAAAUCAAUAGGAUAUAUUUUUGAAGGUUCUGGAACCAGCUAGCAGUAGAAAGUCACACAAAUAUACACACAUACAUUUAUAUUUCCCUAGAGUAUACGAAAAUGUUUCACAGAAAUUUAUAUAUUUGCUGGCUAUUUGUAUUUUAAGUACUUUUCACCUAGUUAAAGCCAAUAUUUUCUAAACUAAUAAUAUACAAAUGAAAAUAUUCAUAGAUAGGCACUGUACGAAAUCCUUGAAAUAAAAAAAAUUACUGAAUGCA